AUGUUAAAACUAUUUGUUUUAAACUUCAUUUUGUUGUUUUAUUGUUUUAAUUUUGUUGAUGUGAAUGGAGAAGUGUCUAAAGAAAAGAAAGAAGAGUUUUUCGAUGCAAAAGAAGAAUUCGACAUUUCUUCUGAAAUAUAUGAAAUUGAUCAACAUGUAAAGAAUCAAAUUGCUUGGAUUUUAGAAAAUGCUAGUAAAUGUGAUGAAAACGAGAAAUGUGUAAAUAUGUUUUUGAAUGAUAUGGCGAUGUUUAAUGAUCAAGCCCGAUUUGGAAUAAUUUCUGCCUUCUGCGACAACUUGAAGUUUGACGAGAACGGAAAAAUUGGGAAUCCAAUCAGGGGACUGCUCACUGGUGAAAUUGAAAAUGAGCUCGCAAAAAUUCGUUUGCAUCUUUAUAUCGAAUGUGUUGAUAAUUUUUUCGAUAAAGGACUUUUUAAAAUGAAAAGUUCGAAACCUUUGGAAUUUUCUGAGAUCAACAAAAAGUUUCUCUAUGCAUUUUUGCUUACAAAACCACUGUAUAUUGCAACUAUAAUGCACGAAUCAAUUCAAAAUAAAGACACAAAUGCUUUAUUAGAAAUUGUUUCUACUCAAAAAUUAGAGGAUUUAAAUGUGGCAAUGAAGAUAAUGAUAGCUCUUAAUCCAGAUUUAAAACUGGUUAAUGAUAAAGUAGAUUUUAAAGAGUUCUCAGAAGUUCAAAGUGUAUUAGAUGCUGAAAAACUUGAACAAUUUUUAAAUUGGCGUUUUGAUCCAAAUUGUAAUGAAAAGCUAAUAGAAAAUAAGGUAAAUUCUGGGAGUUCACUCCAGAGUUGCAUCAUAAUCGAAAAUUUUUUUCGUAAUCAUAAUUCGUAA